AUGCACAGUCGCAUGAUAUUAUCAUCGAGUAGUGAUCAAAUCGGUUUUGAUCAUUUUGAACAAUAUAUAUUGAUUAGAUCUUCCAGCAUUACAACAAAAUCUACAAUUCCUUUUUCCAUGGAGUGUACAACGCCAAAUAUUACACGUUUUGGUGGCACAUCCUUUAUGGAUCCAAAGUAUAUUCCCGGCGUAAAAAGUGAAGGAAUUCCGUUGCAACCACAACCGUCAACAAGUAUCAGCACUUCAGCCGUCUCAACGGCAGCAUAUAGAGAUUUCUUCGUGCCAUCAGCUGGUACUGCCGUUUAUCAACAUCCAAUGCAUAGUUUCUUUUCGGGCAAGUUGGAAAAAAGUUGCGCGUGUUUGUUGGACCAAAAUUUUUAUGUUACAACUCGAACACUAGGAGAAUUUCUAAGAUGCCAUGAAGUGUAA